GCGGCGGGUCCUGCCUCCCCGGGUGGGGUCGGCGGGGGUCGAGCGGCGGCCGGCGGGUGAAACGCGCGACAGGGGCCGGGGGCGCCCGCCGCUCUCCUGCCGCUCUCCCGCCGCCGCUCCGCGCUGGGGUUCGCGGAUGGCUCCCGAGCCCGGGCAUUUUGCUGCCUGUUGCAAGCCCCCUCGCAGCCCGCCCCGCCGCUCCCCGCCGCCUGUUUACUUUCGCGGUGCCGCGCGGGGCGGUGUCGCCCCGCUCCCCGGGGGGUGAAGUCGCUAUCACAACUCCAGCCCCCACCUUCCUCCUCCCCCUCCGCCGCCGGGGAGAAGCGCUGCAGCGGCUGCAGCUUCGCCCCUGGCCCCCGCGGGAGGAGUUUCCUGCUCGCAAACUCCGGCGCCGCGGCGGGGAGGAGGCAGCCCCCACCCGGGGCGGCCGGAUCCCGCCGCCGCCGCUUCCCGCCGCGCCGGAGCGAUGUCUCCGAGUAAAAGGGAGGAGGGGAGAGGCAAGCCAUGUUUAAAACAAACUACACCCUUCUCCUCGCCUCCCGCGGCAGACCCUCUCCAGAGGGUGCUGAAGGCAAGGAUGCAGCAAAAGUAACUAAACAAGAGCCCACAAGACGAUCAGCAAGACUGUCAGCUAAACCUGCUCCACCAAAACCUGAACCCAAACCAAGGAAAACAACAAAGGAACCUGGAACAAAGGCCAGCAAAGGUGCUAAAGGGAAGAAGGAUGAAAAGCAAGAAGCUGCAAAGGAAGGUACUACACCAUCUGAAAAUGGUGAAAAUAAAGCUGAAGAGGCUCAGAAAACUGAAUCUGUAGGUGACAAGAAUGAAUGAAAUACCAUGAAAAUUUUGGGUUGAUUUUAUGUACCUCUUGGACAACUUUUAAAAGAUAUUUUUAUCAAGUAUUUUGUAAAUGCUAAUUUUUUUAGGACUAUGAUAGUUGACGUAUUAAACUGUAUAUGAACAUUUCCCUUCUCAUAACAGUGCUUUUAGAAAUUCCCAUUGUUGCCAAGUAAUAUAAAUAUCAACUUAAUAUUGCAAGGUAUGUGUAAAAUUGGAUCAGCAUUCCAUACACUUGCUUUAAGAAAUUAUGUCUUGUGCAUAUGGUGAUGUUUUUACUGUGUGUAUUGGAAUUUUUCAUGCAGUUUUUCUAGAGCAAUAAUCAGUGGUGCUUUUGUACUUAGGUUUUAUGUGAUUUUAAUGAAACAUGGAUAGAUGUGGCCACCUGCUGACUAUUUUGGGUUCUUUUAAUGGAUUAAAAUAAAAGGUCUCCUUGCCCGCAAAACUAAAGACUCCUAAUGUUUUCUCUUAAUCUGAGGAAUGCCGUACUCACAUCUUUGACUGUUACAAGGCACACUAAAUGAUUUAGUAACAAUUGUUUUGCAUGCAGUGUGUUUGCUUUUCUUUGCUGAUGUCUGAUUAAAAACCACACACACAGGAGCAGCAGACUGGGAUUUUCAGUGGCCUACAGUUUAGGAGACUUACAGAUAAAUUCUUCCUAGAUACAUUCAUCAAAUACACUGUCACAGGGUGAGUAGAGUUGCCACACUCUGACAGGAUAUUGUGUCUUCAAUGAGCUAUCAGUACAGAACAAAUUGCUUGAUAGAGACGUACAGUAAUUUAAAAGUAGCUUUGUUUCUCCCUACUCUCUUUUCAUUAAUGUGCACUGUAGUCUAUGGAAACCUUUCUUUCUAUCUGUAGCCUCAAAUUUAAUAUAAAUAGUAAUUGCUGUUCUUCAGCUGAGGACAGUUGUUAAUACAUUGAAAUCGCUGUUAAACAGUGCUAUAUAUUUGGUACCUGGUGGAAGUGGAACAAUGAAAGCUGGUUUUGAGGUAAUAGUGGUGAUGUGGUGGAUUAGCUAAUGAUUUUUUAGUGUCCAUGUUUCAACUCUGCAGCUCAUUCUAAGUACCUUUUAUGAUUUUUCUCCUUCUCUUUUCUCUAGGGGUCCUGGUGUUUCUAUUGUUACUUCUGGGAUGGGAGGGGUGAAAGAAAAGAUGUUCCCUGUUCUUCAGUAGCAUUGAUUUGUAUUGGUCAAGUGGUAGCCAUUAUGUCUGAGGAUACCUUUUGCUUGUUUAAGUCAAUAAAUAAAUGACUGUUGUCUGA